AUGCCCUCCCCGCAAGUCUUCGCUGCUACAGAUGGCGCAGUAUACACCACCUCUAAUGGUGCAGCAGUAGCGCAUCCCCUUGCUGCUGAACGUGUUGGUCCUGUGGGACCCCUCCUCCUUCAAGACUUCCACCACAUCGAUCUUCUUGCUCAUUUUGAUCGGGAACGGAUCCCUGAGCGUGUGGUGCACGCCAAAGGCGCUGGUGCUCAUGGCUAUUUCGAAACGACCCACGAUCUCAGUGAUAUCACCUCUUGCAAACUAUUCACUAGCGUUGGCAAGCAAGUUCGAGUAACCGCCCGCUUCUCCACUGUCGGUGGGGAAAGUGGUUCCGCCGACACGGCUCGCGAUCCCCGUGGUUUCGCUCUGAAAUUGAAGACGGAGGAGGGUAACCUGGACUGGGUGUUCAACAACACACCUCCCUUCAUUCACACCCAAAAGCGUGACCCCCAGACGCACCUGAAAGAUGCAGACAUGUUCUGGGAUUACCUGUCUCAAAACCCGGAAUCGGCGCAUCAAGUCAUGAUACUGUUUUCUGACCGGGGAAUACCUGACGGCUACCACAACAUGCACGGCUAUUCCGGGCAUACUUUCAAGCUCGUGAAAGAUGACGGCUCAUGGGUCUACACCCAGAUUCACUGUAUUGCUGAUGGCGGCUGCAAGGUCCUCGAUACUGCCACGGCUCGUAAUUUGUCCGCAGACAACCCCGAUCACGGCAUUCAAUCGUUGUUUGAAACCAUAGACGCUGGUAACUUCCCACAAACUAUGACUCCAGAGCAGGCUGAAAAAUUCCGUUACAACGUCUUGGACUUGACCAAAGUUUGGCCCCACAAGGACUACCCCUUGCGCCCCGUAGGAAAAUUCGUGCUCAACGAGAACCCGCAAAACUACUUCGCUGAAAUUGAGCAGGCUGCUUUUGCGCCCAGCCAUUUGGUUCCCUACUUCGAGGCCUCUGCUGACCCCGUACUUCAGUCAAGACUGUUCUCUUACCCUGACACUCACCGUCACCGACUUGGUACGAACUACCACCAACUCCCUGUCAAUGCGCCCAUUGUCCCUGUUGCCAACUUCCAACGCGAUGGUGCCAUGGCAUUCAACAGCCAAGGAGCACGCCCGAAUUAUCAGAGCUCCAUUACGCCCUUGACAUACUUGAGCAACAAGGGAUCUAUCAAGGGCACACCCAGAGACUAUGAACGAGCCAAACAGCAUGAAAGUUGGCUUGGUGGAGCAUUCUGGGACUUGAGCGAGGUCACCGAGCUCGACUUCGAGCAACCGCGUGCACUCUACCAAAAUGUCUUCGAUGAGGCAGCCAGGGCGCGCCUUGUUUCCAAUGUUGCUGGUCACCUUGGUGGUGCCAAAAGCGCUGAAGUUAAGGCCCGGACUCUUUCUUACUUUGCAUCUGUGGACCAAUCUUUGUCUGACCGCAUUGCCAAGGCUAUCGGUGCCCCCACUGCAAAGCCUUUGACUGUCAAACCUGCGUCCGAGGCAGUUCGCUUCAGGCAUGGUGUCGGCGCUGCGCUGUAA